GGAUUGUGGGAGAGCGGGAAGAUGGCGGCCCCCGUGAGGAGGGUGUUGUACGGCGCGGCGCGAGGCUUGGGGCGGCCGUGGCGCCCGCGGACCCUUUGUGCCGCCGCCGCUGCCCCCGGCAGGAGCGCGGUCUCCCCGAGCGGUGGGUCUCCGUGGCGCCUUCUGGGGGCGUUGUGUCUGCAGAGGCCUCCGAUUAUCUCGCAGCCUCUGACCCCUCUGCAGGUGGAGAUGGCCGAACUGCUGCAGCAGAUUGAGGUGGAAAAAAGCCGAUAUUCGGACCAUGAGAUGCGUGCCUUGGAAGAAAUACGGAAAUUGGAGAGGAAGAAAGCCGACAUUUAUGACUCUGAUGAUGAUGAUGAUGAUGACGAAAAAGAAAUUUUGUUAACACAAGAUUUGGAAGACACAUGGGAGCAGACAUUCUUGCAAUUCAAACCUCAUCCUCGGGUAACAGAAGCUGAUCAAAAAAAUGACCGAACCUCAUUGCAUAGAAAGUUAGACCAAAACCUGGUGCUUUUGGUCAAAGAGAAAAUAGGAGAUCAGGAAAUGUGGAUACUACCACAUGCAGAAUGGCAGGUUGGGGAGACUCUGCGUGAAACUGCUGAGCGGGUUCUUGCUAUUCUCUCACAAAAUAGUAUGGAAGCCAAAUUCCUAGGAAACGCGCCCUGUGGUUAUUACAAGUUUAAGUUUCCUCAGGCUUUAAGGACAGAGAACAACAUAGGAGCCAAAGUGUUCUUUUUCAAAGCUUUACUACAAAAUGGAGAGCUCUCCCAAGCCAGGAAUAAGGACGACCAUGUUUGGGUCAGCAAGGAGGAACUGGGUGAUUACCUGAAACCAAAAUAUUUGGCACAGGUUAGGAGAUUUUUUAUGGACAUCUGAUGGACACGAUUGUCCUCAGGACAGACACUUGGACUACGGGCAAGAGGACGUGUGACUAUGUUGACAUGUGGGAAUCAUCAUGAAAUAAGCUUAGCAUUGACAAAUAAACCAGUUUCUUAUCUUUGUCUCAA